AUACUUUCUAGAGCAACUCUGUGUUAUUGUUCAAGCAACAUUCAGAUGAUAUUUAGAAUUUAUCUACGACCGAGAAUUUUCUAAAUUACAAAAUUGAACGAAAAAUUGCAGCAAAAAAAUAAUUUACUAAAAUCCAGAAAAGAAUUUCACAACAAUUGGAAAUGUUACUGAGACUUGCAACACAAUUACCGGGCCGUUUAGCCAGCGGUUCUACCACAUUUUCGGCUUCUCUAAAACAAAGCUUACUCGUUCCACGUUUAGCAAAGCCCAGCAAUAAUAAUUUAUUGGUUCGCCAAUAUGCUCGUGGACCCAGGGAGCCACCAGUAACAGCUCGAGGUGAAGUUAGACGCGGUCCAACUUUAAAGGAAAAAUUAAUGGCACCACCAUCGGCAAAUGCAUAUUCCAUGGGCAAAGGUGCUGCAGCUGGUGCUGCUGGUGUUGGGCUGGGAGCAUUAUGUUAUUAUGGUUUAGGUCUUAGCAAAGAUGCCAGCAUACAGAAUAAUUCAAUUUUAUGGCCACAGUUUGUUAGAGAUCGCUUACACACAACCUAUGGAUAUUUUGGAGCAUCUUGCGUUCUAACUGCAUUGACGACAGCCGCUGUUUUCCGUUCUCCACGUCUUUUGGAAUUAACCACACGUAACGGUUGGCUGUCCACUUUGGCCACAUUUGCAUUAGUAAUUGGCACCGGUGCCAUGACACAAUCAAUUCCAUAUAAAGAGGGUAUUGGUGCUAAACAAUUGGCUUGGGCUUUUCAUUGUGCCGUUUUGGGUGCUGUUAUUGCACCAUUAUGUUUCCUUGGUGGUCCUUUAUUGACUCGGGCAGCUAUUUAUACCGGUGGCGUAGUUGGUGGUCUAUCGACUAUUGCUGUUUGUGCACCCAGUGAUAAAUUUUUAUAUAUGGGUGGUCCUUUAGCUAUUGGCCUAGGACUGGUAAUGGCUUCUUCUUUGGCAGGCAUGUGGUUACCACCUACAACAGCAUUGGGAGCUGGCUUAGCUUCAUUGUCUCUUUACGGCGGUUUAGUAUUAUUCAGUGGAUUUUUGCUUUAUGAUACACAACGUAUUGUACGCAAAGCUGAAGUACAUCCUCAGUAUGCUAUGACACCCUUUGAUCCUGUUAAUGCAUGCCUUUCCAUAUACAUGGACGCUUUAAACAUAUUCAUUCGAAUUGCUAUGAUUUUGUCAGGAGCCGGUGGAAAUCGCCGCAACUAAAUUAUCUAUAUUUAAUUAACAACAUGUGAUUUUUCGAUUAUAAACGAUUUAAAUAAAAUUAUUAGUUGUAUUUGUAGUUAUAUUUAAAAAAAACCAAAGAGUUGAAUAAAUUUAAAAUUCGCUUGAAA